AUGGUUCCUCUCAUGUCUCCUCAGCGAGAGCCCCACCCCCCACCCCCCUGUGUUGAUAAACGGAGACUUCCAUCAAUAGCAGAGGAGAGAUUUUACAUUGAUAAGGCUGGUGUGUCAAGUUCCUUUCAAGACGAUCUUUCCUUUGGUGGGAUAUUUACCCCCUCCACCACACACUCUUGGUAUAAUUUACGAAAAUCACAUUGCACGCUAAAACUGGCUGGAGUUAAUACAACAAUUUCAUAUAUUUUCAGUUCCUGGUUGAAAACAUGUCAGGAGAACUUGAAAAAAAUAGACGCAUUUCAGAAACAAAUAGCCAAGAGAAGAAUUUCUUUUGAUGCAAGAGAUGGGUGGGAAGUAAAGGAAUUUACACUUUUUGAAAAUAUGUUCGAGACAGAAGAAAAAUUAAAGUCAGUCUGUCACCAAUUCCAGAGGAUCACAUCAACUAUGGAAGACAGGGUACCACUGAAGGAUCUCCGCAACCAAAGGAUGCUGGCUCAUAAGACACAGGCAAAACUGCGUCCACAGGCAAAACGUACAAAACAGUGUCCCAAGGAGGUAAAAUUGCCACCUAUCAAACGUUGUCUCGGCAGACUGAGAGCAACUACAAAAGACUCUGACCGUCAAAUAAACACGGUUCAGACUGCUCUUCAGCCAGUUGUACAUAGGCCUGGAGCUGAGCCCGACGUUAAAAGAAGUUCCCAGACAGCAGCAAGACCAACACUGUUACGCAAUGAUCACACGAGGAGCAAGCUGCCUGUCAGAGAUGAACGUUUAGCAACGAAGGAGUUUAUAUCAUUCAAACUCCCAAAGAAGAAUUUUUCAUCGCAACAUAGUAAAUUACCCUUACGUAAUAUGAAAGUUGCGAAAGAACUGGAUUCUCCACAGAAAACAAAACUCCCGUCCUCAAACAUAGGAGCUAUGCGUUCAGGUAGUUUAAAUUCUGGAGAGGAAUUUAAAGCUGUUACAAAGCCUUUUCACACAAUGAGUAAUCCAUUCUUACCCAUUCCUCCAAUCGGGGGUCGCGGAGUGAGAACAUCCACAAACUUACGGAUGAGACAUUUCAAUCAUCAGUAAGGCCAUCAUUAAAAAUAUUUUUGUUUGAUGUACUCCGACCCACAUUUUUCAAGGUGGGUCGGUAGGUAGGUUUUUUUUGGUUGUUUUUUGUUGUUGUUUUUUUUGGAAUGUCAUGAAUUGUUUUUUUAUACUUUCUUUUAAAAUAAGGAGAUUUUUCUAUUUUUCAAGGGAAUGAAAUUUUAAAUUGCUGAAAAAAAAAUUGACGGGUUGGUCGGAGUACAUCAAACAAUUCCAUUUUCAUUUUUGGCCCAAGUUUUAAUGUACACUUGUACUAUUAUAUAGUGCCGUGGAUGCGUGGAAAUGCUCUUUAGGUCAUAUCAUUGUGAAGAUUGAAAUGCUUAAUUGUUUAAAGAUGAUUUUUGUUGCAAUAUUAUGCCAUCAUGCCAAUAUUUUCAUGUAAUAAAUAUUUUUUAAACCAUGUGCGUUUUGAGUGUAUUAUGGUACAUUAUUCUAUGAAGUGUAACAGUCUCAAAUUAGAUAUGGAUACUGACUGAACUAGUUUUUGCAUUGGCACUCUGAUGAACGUAUUUGUGUGUCAGCUUGGUUUUCCUUGGUUGGUUGUAUAUUGUUUAACUUCACGCUCGAGAUUUUUUCACGCAUACGCAUGGAUACACCACUACAAAAGAAUCCGGGUAGGGCCACGUAGUUCACUAUCGCACCAUCGAAGUUUGGGUCGAUUACGAUGGCGCGAUAUCGUUAUAAAACAUCGCUACAUCGGCAUCGCAUCAUCGUCAUCGCAGUAUCGUUCCACCGCACCAUCGCUAUCGCACCAUCGUCAUCACACCAUCGAUCCAAACCGCGAUGGUGCGAUAGUGAACUACGUGGCCCUAUCCGGAUUCCAUACUUACGGCCUUUGAGCAGCGAGGGAUCUUUGUCGUGCCACACUUGCUGUGAC